AUGAUAAACACUGACAAGCAGCUGUUCAGCGGUAUUAUGUUUCUGAGCUCACACGUGACUGUGCUGCGUGUUGUAUCACCGAGUAUUGAUACUUAAUUUCGAUCGCUAAUAACACAAUGGAGCCAAUGAUAGUAAUAAAACCCGGAGCCACGAAAUGGGACAUUCGUCAGAAAGUUUGGGACUACAUCGAAGAAAAGAAUCUGGCCAACUUUCCCAGGCCUGUUCACAACAGGAUCCCAAAUUUCAAGGCUGCAAAUCAGGCAUGCAACAGGCUUGCAGACCUGCAGGAGUUCAAGUCCAGCCAGACAGUCAAAGUAAACCCAGACAGACCCCAGCAGCAGGCGCGCUUUGUCACUCUGGAAGCACGGAAAACUUUAUUAGUCCCAACUCCUCGUCUUCGUACAGGCCUUUUCAAUAAAAUCACUCCUCCCCAGGGGGCCAGCAAAGAACAGCUACGGACAUGCUCUUCCUCUCAGGGUGUGAAAGACUUCAGUGUGCCUGUUGGCCUGGAGGCGAAGGUGAUGGUCGACCUGGUGGUGGUCGGCUCUGUGGCUGUCUCGGAGAAAGGCUUGCGGAUUGGAAAAGGUGAGGGCUACGCAGACAUGGAGUACGGUAUGAUGGCCUCAAUGGGAGCUGUGAAUGAGUCUACUGUGGUGGUUACUGUUGUGCAUGACUGCCAGGUGGUGGACAUCCCAGAGGAGUUAAUGGAAAGUCAUGACCUGACUGUUGACUACAUCCUAACACCCACCAGAGUCAUUAAAACAAACUGUGGGAUGCCGAAGCCACAGGGAAUCAUCUGGACUAAGCUGGACACAGAAAAACUGGAGAAAAUCCCCAUCCUGAAGAAGCUCCGUGCUCUGGAGGAACAGGCUGGAAAGGAUGUAACACUGGGGGUGGCACCAGUCGUAGCAGAGCCUGAUCUGCACACAGGUCAACCCAAAAGGCAAACCAGACGGAGGCCAAAGCAGAACAUGCAGCAAGAUGCCGAGGGGGAGUCUAAACAGGAGAAAAUAGCAGAGGCAGAACAGAGAGCUAGACAGCGCCCAGCGAGAGUGAGGAAAGAAAGCAGAGGAGAUGGAGAUCAUGAGGCAGAAAUCAGUAAGAAAGGAAGGGGAAAAAGAGGCGAAAACAUAAAGGAGAGGGGCCAAGAGGAGGGUGGAGGUGAAGCCAUGUCUCAGCGCAAGCUCCCGCUGAAUGUGACCACAGUUUACGUGGGGGGAAUCCCUGCGGGGCUGCGUGUUAGUGAGCUGAAAACUGCCCUCAGAGAGCGGGAGGCUGCCCCGCUGAGGCUCACCUGGCAGGGAGCUCAGCACAGAGCCUUCCUGGACUACAGCGACCCUCAGGCUGCCGCGCAGGCUCUGGAGGCUCUGCAGGGUCUCAGUCUGAAUGGUCACAGUUUGCAGGCGGAGCUGGCCAAGAGCCAGCGGGGAGGUAAGAGGUCCGGACAAUCCAGUCGAAGACCAAGGCCAUCAACAGGCCCAAAACCUAAAGCGCCAGCACCUGAUACUGAAGGUGGCACAAAUGAAAACACUGAGGAAUAAAAGCAAUAAGCAAUAACUCAGCCCCAAAAAUAUAUUAAAUGUGGAGCAACCUUAAAUGCCUUAAGAAGAAUUUAGUUUGUUUUUUUGAUAUUUAUGGAUUUGUUACAAGAGGACAUACAUUUUUUUGAACCCGCUAAUGUGGCUGCUAUGGCUAAUGAGCUUACAUAUAAUAAUAAUUAUUAUUAUUAUUUAAUCCAGAAGCAUUUCACUAGAAAAGUAUUUUGUACAUAUCUUUUCACAAUACACCUAUGUGCCUUGUUUGUUCACUCACACACACACACACACACACACCUCUUGGUCUGUGUGUCCCUUCAGUCCUCGAAGAUGCUUUUUGAGUCAUUCUUAGAGAAAGACUACAGUUAAUAUUCUCUCAAACUAUAGACUGGAUAUGCAGUCUGUCUGUUACAAUACAAGUGUAAAGUAAAUCGUCGUGAAGUGUUUGGAACAUUUUAUUUCCACAACCAGUUGUCAGUAUUACCACCACCAAGAGGGUGUUGUUUCCAGACAUAUUGAUCCACUUGUUGGUUAUCUGAAAACACAUGUGACUAAGGCCAUGUGCCAAAGAAGCCCUGGAUAGUUUAUGUUGCAGAUAACGCCACCAUGUGGUCAUCUACACAAUAUAUACAACUUAUUAUUACUGAGAAAGAGAGUGUACUAGUAACAUUUAAAAAUGCAUUAGUCUAACUAACAUUCAUAUACCUGUGAAGGCCACACCAAUGUUUGACAACACAUCAUUUUUUAAUUUUUUUGGGAAACAAAUUUUUCACCAUUUCUACAAAUUUAAUGCAGUCUUUUGAAAAUCUGUGAUAUUUUAAUCAUCUUUUCUUAUCCUAUUGCCAAAUUGUGAAGUGGCAGCAUGGCUCAUUUUACACAAAUUGCCAUAAAGCUUGAGCACACUGUGCUGUUACAACCAAAUUGACAAGAUGUUAUCAUAUUUGCAAAUUGUUACAGCAUUUUGACUACAGACUACAGCAAGAUGCCCAAUGCCGUUAAUAGCCAUAAGUUAGCUGUAAUUGUCACUCAGUUGAAAAUAUAUAUAAUUCAUCCUUACACAUAACCAAGGAUUUAGGUAUCUUCAAAAAAUAAAAACAGUCCGUCUGUGUAUGUUCACAAUCUGGAUGUAGAUGCAGAUUAUUAACAUCAAAAAACUUUUUUUUAUUCAAAAUAACACAUUUAGAGGUUUGUGUAGUUUUAUUGGAGCUUUAGUUUUGAUUUCUACUCAUUCACUGUGCUUUAUACUUGCCUAGUUCUUUUUAAGAAUAUUUUGGAAAUAGAUAUUGGACAUUGAUAGAAGUGAGUUUCAAAUAGUUUGAGUAUGAAGCCAGCCGCACAUUUGAACAGUUAAAAGAUGCUACCACGCCUGGCUGAACUGUUAGUGUUGAUGCAUCUGUUUGUUACACAUGAUGACAUUCUUUACUAAAGCGUUUGACUGUA